AUGACCCUGUUAUCAGAGGACCAGUCUGUGAGUUCUCAGCCCUGCAGAAUCCCAGAGGCCGGUAAACACAUCACUUCUUCCCUGUACCCACAGACAGACUUCACCAAAGAAACCUUCAUGGAAAGUGGGGAAAGUGGUGUUUUUGGAGCCGUGGAGCCUCACAGGCACUCCAGAGGACGCCUAAUUCUCCACGCCACGGUAAUGUUUGGACGGGAGUUCUGUUACGCCGUGGAGGCCGCCUUCGUCACGCCGGUGCUUCUGAGCGUGGGUCUUCCUCGGAGUUUGUACAGCUUGGUGUGGUUGAUCAGCCCCAUUUUGGGCUUCCUGCUGCAGCCGAUCAUCGGCAGCGCCAGCGACUACUGCCGCUCGUCGUGGGGCCGCCGGAGGCCGUACAUCCUGGCUCUGGGGGUCCUGAUGCUGGUGGGACUCAUUCUGUUCCUCAAUGGAGACGCUGUGGUCUCAGAAUUAGUCACGGACAAGUCGUUGAAGAGCACCUGGGCCAUCGUGAUCGUGAUGCUCGGAGUCGUUCUGUUCGACUUCGCUGCAGAUUUCAUCGACGGACCCAUCAAAGCUUACCUGUUCGAUGUGUGCUCACAUUCAGACAAAGAGAGAGGGCUUCACUACCACGCCCUACUCACAGGUCUGGGCGGUGCGUUCGGGUACCUGGUGGGAGCGAUGGACUGGGGCCACUCUGUUCUGGGAGAGGCGCUGGGAUCAGAGUACCAGGUCAUCUUCUUCUUCUCAGCGCUGACCUGGGGAGUCUUCCUCACGCUGCACCUCUUCAGUAUUCCUGAACAGCCUCUGGAUAAAGACCCCUCAGACUCUGGCCCCUCUAAACCCAGUGCCCUCCGCCUGCUGGGAACUCAGAGUAAUGGAUACGGAGCGCUGGUUAAAGAGCCCGUUUCUCCAGUGGGACCCGGACCCGUCACAGACCUCAGGCCCAGAUCCUUCUCUGCUCUGGGGGAAGCCAACUCAGUGACCUCCAGCGCCAAGCAGCCAAACAAAGAGGCCCAGAAGAGGAUGACAUUCAGGUCGAUGAUGAAAGCGUUAAUGAACAUGCCGAGUCAUUACCGCUACCUGUGUGUCAGCCACCUGCUGGGCUGGACCGCCUUCCUCUGCAACAUGCUGUUCUUCACUGAUUUCAUGGGACAGAUCGUGUACAAGGGGAAUCCGUAUGCAGAACAUAACUCCACGGCCUACAGUAGGUAUGAGCGAGGAGUGGAAGUGGGCUGCUGGGGUCUUUGUAUCAACGCUAUUUCCUCCGCUCUCUACUCCUACGUGCAGCGCUUCCUGCUCCCGUACAUCGGUCUGAAAGGAUUAUACUUUGUGGGAUACUUCACGUUCGGCCUGGGAACCAGUCUGAUCGGACUCUUUCCGGACAUGAUCGCCGUGCUCAUCCUCUGCAGCGUGUUCGGAGUGAUGUCCAGCACGCUGUACACCAUCCCCUUCAACCUGAUCGCUGAGUACCAGCUGGAGGAGGAGGAGCAACUGAAGCUGCAGGGAUUACCGGGCCUUCAGCGGGGGUCGGGUGUGGACUGCGCCGCCCUCACCUGCAUGGUGCAGCUGGCUCAGAUCCUCGUGGGCGCCGGACUGGGAGGUCUGGUGAACCUGGCGGGCAGCGUGGUCGUGGUGCCGCUCUCCGCCUCCGUGGUGUCGCUGUUCGGAUGCAUCUUCAUCGCAGUCUUCAUCAAAUACGUGGACUAACUCGAUACAAAACAUGUCUCUGAUUGGCUGAAACACCAA